UUAAAAUAUUUCAUGCGAUCCUAAAAGUAGUCAAAGGCUACCGUGGACUCUAUUGCGAUUCAAUAUUCGGCCUUCGAGUAAAGGCGAAGGUAUAGACGUUAGUUUGUUAAAGCUACUUAAUUAUUCAAAACUGGCCAACUGUUAGAUUAACAGGAUUUGGGAAAGGUUUUCUUCCAUCUCAGGUAAAGGAACAUGUAUGACGGCUCCUCACAAGUACCUUUGAUCAAGCAGGAGUGUGGAGGGAGAGGCAGCCCCCAAGCUUGUUCGCCCACUUGUCCGGCGGAAGUUACGGUCCCGAGCAGCCCCGUAUCCUCCGUCUACCCCGGUGCUCACGAGGAGCUCUGCAGACUCCCCGGGAGACUCCGUAUAAACCCUUCUCUGUGGGGUAAGGACGAUGUUAGUCACUGGCUGCGCUGGGCCCAAAAAGAGUACUCCCUCCGCAAGACGGACCAGGCCAAGUUCGAGAUGAACGGCAAAGCUCUCUGCCUCCUGACCAAGGAAGACUUUCGCCUGCGCUGUCCCAGUUCGGGGGAUGUCCUGUACGAGCUCCUGCAGCACGUGAAGCAUCAGAGGAGGGCCAUGGUGUGCUGCUCCAGCCCCAAGCCCCUCCAGAGACAGAGCGGCCUCUCCCCUCCACACAGAGACACAAACGGCAACACAAGACAGCUAGUUCCCCCUGGCAUGUCCUACAGGCCAGCUUCUGUGUGUCAAGUGUACCCACACGCCAACUCCCUGACCAGGAACGUGCAGCAGAACGACCCCUUCCAGGAUCGCCAUGGACACCCUUCACUUCCCUUCACCUGUCCCAUGCAGCAGAUACACAGAGAUUCUGAACCUGGCUUUGCAAAACUGUUUGACCAAUCAGAAUUCCAGAGGAACCUGCCCCAGACUUCAGCAGAGUCUCAGCAGCACCAGACGCCCGUGGUGGUCUCACCGCCCGCGGGCAACCCGGCCAGGCAGGGCACGCAACCAGCCCUCCACUGCAAAGAGGAGCCUCUCAACCUGUCCCACAGGGCCGCAAGCCCCAGUUCAAGGAAACUUCCCCAGACCAGCGAAGCCAACGGCAAGAUUCCAGACUGCCGGCUGCUGUGGGACUAUGUGUACCAGCUUCUGUCAGACCACCGCUAUGAGCCCUUCAUCCGAUGGGAAGAGCCAGAGUCCCUGGUGUUCAGGGUGGUGGAUCCCAACGGGCUGGCCCGACUGUGGGGCAACCACAAGAACAGAGCUAAUAUGACCUACGAGAAAAUGUCCCGGGCACUGCGACACUACUACAAGCUCAACAUCAUUAAGAAAGAGCCUGGCCAGAAACUGCUGUUCCGGUUUCUGAAGACCCCUGAGGGGAUACUACAGAGCAGAACUGACCGGUUGGACCAGGCAGAGUCCCCGGGCCAUGUGUCUUCACCGGACUUCAGAGAGGACAGCCUGGAGGUGUCUCCUGAAUCCAGCUCCAACCCACCCUCCCCAGCAUCAGUGACCAUGCCCCUCACCCCCUCACCACUCUGAGCCUGCCACCAGGGCCAGCCAGACUCACACCCACACACACACACACACACACACACACCCGCACACACACACAUCCACACAUCCACACACACACACACACACCCGCACACACACACACACACAUAUAUAUGCGCACAU